AUGAUGAUGGUGUGGGCGGCCUUCGCGGCCACCUGGGUAGUCUCGACAUAUGCCUUUGAACCCAACGUCACUUUCAUAUGGGAAGUCCCGCCGAUGAGCCCCCUCAUCCAGUUUGAUCCCCCGGACGCUUGGGUCGACACAUACCCCAACAUUAACGACUCGCUGUACACGCCUGGAGUCAUGGGCAAAGGCUUCUUCCCGUUGAUUACAGCCGGUCCCGGUUGCCGGGCAUAUGUGGAAUACAUCGGCAGCAUGUUCGUAUUGCAAGGCUCCCUUCUAGACGGCGCCACGAUGUCAGAAGUCAUCUUCGAACUCGACGGAGUCCAACAAACAGGUCCGAUGGUGGGACCGUCCCUCGAUGUCCUUGGCCAAACGAUUUUUGGGAUGACCAAUCUGGACACCACCCUUGGGCCGCACGUAGGGUCACUGAGACUGCUCUCCAGCGCCCCUCCCCAGUCGAGGCUUGCGGUAGGCUUCUCUCUCAUUACUGCUGAAAUUGUCGCACGGUCAGCCGCCUUUGAGGAGACAUCCUGUUUGAUCUCGCGGUUCCCCAACGGGGACUCUGCGACUCCCGCCGGGGCCGUCCACUACACCGGUUCAUGGCAAACGCGAGACAACAUAGGGGGUGUUGGUGGGCAGGCAACCGUGCCCUACUAUGAGAUGUACGCCAACAACACACCUUCCGUGCAAUUCCCCCUCCCGCCGUCGACAAACAUCCUGUACAUAAACGGCACCGUUGGCCCCAGCUACGGCCGCUACAGCGUCAAUAUCGACCCAAAACCCCCGUAUUGGGCGGAAAACAACGGCCUCAAUGCACACCGCCGAUACGUGGAGUUGGAUCAGCUCUUUUACUUCAGCUCUUUGGACCCAGAGGUCAACUAUACUGUCACCAUUACCGGCGACCCCGAUGGUUCAAAGAUCCUUGGGCUCUCUACUUGGACUGUUUGUUUCCUCAACGACCCCCAAUUUUUCAUAGAUUUGCUCAACGAUGGCAGCUCCUCCAGCAAGGGAGUGAUGCCAGUGCCUUUCACAGGCAACAACACCUUUGGCAGCAACAACACCCUCAUGGUACCUACAACGCCUGUAGCGCCUGUGGGCAGUACAGCGUCGGUGACCAAUACGACGGCACCAGUCCCACCAGUGACCAGCCCAGCAGGACGCACAAACGUGGGUGCCAUCGCUGGGGGUGUUGUCGGGGGAGUGCUCGGUGCAGGCCUGCUUGCUGGACUGGUGUUCAUCUUCUGCCGCCGUCGGAAAGACCAGGAUGACUUAUUUGAAGGACAAUUCGUCGUCGAUGCUACCGAAGCAGCCGUUACACCUUACAAGACGGAAACCGGGUACAUGAGGGGGUCCAACGAGGGUUACGCUCUGCACAGCUUAUAUGGUCCGGUAGAACCACAUGGAGAUCGGCCGAGCCUCCUUUCUGGCUCCCACUCGAAAGACUACGGUGCGGAUUUCCAGGAAAAGUAUCCGCAUCUGCAGAACGUCGCUGUCGACUACCCCAAGCACCCGAUUCAGGAGGAAACCGCACAGGCGCUCCUCCUUGCAUUCCAGAGGCACCGGGAGUCCUCUGGUGUGAACCAGGAGGAGGAUGCGGGGCCUAUCAGCACCAUCCCACCGUCGUACAACCCCGAAUGGAUGGCCAGGCAGUCGGGGCAGUCAGAUUCGUCGGUAACCGCCGGGCUGUCGUCGCCACCACUACCAACAGAGGGCACGGACACAACUUAUCAAUCGUCGAGAGACAAGUGGGAACCCCAAGGAUAUCAAACAGGCCGUUGA